CGGGCCUGUUGAGUUGACUCUCCUAUAGCAGUCCCGUCUUUGCAGCAUUAGUGACAGACGUGUAGUGGCGAGGUGUUAGAGAAUAAUUGUUUUAUCAGAUAAUCAGAGAAAUAAUGGAGCAAGUGUAUUGUGUGAAUGAUAUGCAGUCCGACCAGAGAGAUAAUGUUAGAGAAACCACCAUUGUUCCCUGGUCCAACACGACGCCAGAGCCGCCGCAGAACACCGCCAUGGACGCCAGUGAGGCCACAAGAGUUACCAUCAAGGAAGGCAACGUCAUCCAGUUUCAAGGAUCAGCUGAUGCGUCUGAUGUGUGUGAGGAACUUCCUUCGAAGGGAGAUGAGGUGCCCGCUAAUGGGAUCACUAAUGGAAGUACAGCAAAGGGAGAGUUAACUAGUGACACCUCGGUAAGAGAGGAAAUUAACAAUCCACCGGCACAGACUGAAAAUACUGACGUUCCAAUCACAGCCAGCAGUGAGGAGAAACCACAAGGCGACACCCCAGCUGUCGCAAACACCAACAACUCCCAAGUAGGAGACAUCAUCAACACCCAAGUAGGAGACGUCAGCAGCACCCCUGUGGGAGACAUCAGUGACACCCCAGCAGGAGACACUAGCACCCCAAUGGCAGAGGAUAUAGCUCUAAUGACUCUGUCCAGCGAUCAGUCAACCCGCCAGGUGCGGGCCUUGUACGACUUUGAUGCUCAGCCUGGGACUGGUGAACUCACCAUUAAGGAGGGCGAGAUCCUGACAGUUUCACGGCAGGAUGUUGGUGAAGGAUGGUGGGAAGGAACAAAUAGCCAGGGACAGGCGGGUCUCUUCCCUGCAGCUUAUGUCGAAGCACAUGACUCAUCAGCCCCACCCCCAAACAUGCCUCCUCCUCCUCUACCCUCUGAAUAUGCAAAUCUAGGCAACGAUUGGACAGAUGUCAGAACCAGCGUGGAUUGGAGCAGCCAGAACAACACCUUCACAGGUGGUCAGACACAGAAUGCACAAAACACACAGAGGCAGUCCUUACCACAGCAGCUGAGCUACGAUAAUGAUGAAUGGGAUGAUGACUGGGAUGACGAUGACUCUGAGCCAGGUUCCAGCUACCCUAAUGGACCGGGCAACUUUGGUUUGUCAGCACCAAAUCGCUCCCACAAGCCUGUCACCAGCAGUGUCAGUGAUGUCAGCAAUGCAGGUCGGGACGGCCGCGGGACUGUUAGAAAGAGCUUCAACCGCUUCUCAAACUUAGCGAAGAGCGGUGUUGAAGACUUCCUUGUAGGUGCUGGAAAAGCUGCUGUUGAUGAAAAGGACAAGGUGUUUGUUGAUGAUUAUGGGAAUGGUCCAGUAUGGAGACCAAAUCAACACGAAUUCACCUGUGCUAUCUCAUCACCAAAAAAGGAGUCCAAGUUCCAUGGCAUGAAGAGUUUCAUUGCCUACACACUGAUGCCUUCGUUCUCAUCAACUGCUGUCUCCAGGAGGUAUAAGCACUUUGACUGGAUCCAGGGCCGGCUGAGUGAAAAAUUCCCACUCAUACCUAUACCACCUCUGCCAGAGAAACAAAUAUCAGGUCGAUUUGAAGAAGACUUGAUAGAGUACCGGAUGACAAUGCUUCAGUCAUGGGUUGAUCGUAUUUGCCGUCAUCCUAUCUUGGCUCAGUGUGAAGUGUUUCAUCACUUUGUCACGUGCCCAAAUGAUGAGAAGGUUUGGAAGUCUGGCAAGCGCAAGGCUGAGAGUGACAAACUGGUAGGAGCUAACUUUUACCUUGCCAUAGAGCGACCCGACACUCCACUUGACCUCAUGCAGACGGAAGCUAAACUGGAAGGUUACAGCCGAUUCUUCUCCAACCUUGAUGAAUCAGUAAAGCUUCUCCAGAACACUUGCAUUGACCAAACCAAGAAGCACCAGACUGCCUUCAAGCGAGAAUACAACAAGAUCUCACACUCUUUCUCUAAACUGAGUAGAGCCUUUGAUACUGACCCAUCUAACUGUGCCCCAGGACUGACUGAUGCUAUCCACCAUGUGAGUGAGGCUUAUGCUGACAUUGGCACAGUAUUUGAGGAGGAGCCCAAGCAUGACUGGGAUCCAUUGUGCCACCUUCUCUUUGAGUAUAAAGGCCUUAUAGAUGGCUUUCCCAGUGUCAUCUCAGCUGCAAAGGGUGCUAUAGCAAAGAGAAGGCAAGUGGAAAAGGAAGCAAGUGAAGGGCGGCUUGAUGACGACCAGGUUCCCCCGAUGGUGAGGAGAUCUGACACCAUUGCCUAUGCCCUUCAUGCUGAGGUGGCACACUUCCAUAAUGAACGGCAAAGGGACUUCAAGAAAGCCAUGACAUCUUUCCUUACCGAACAAAUUAACUUUUAUCAGAAGAUUACUGAUCGACUACGAGACAGUCUUCAGAAAUUUAAUGAUGUAUAGGUAAGUCCAAUUAUUAGCACGCCAUCAUUACUUCACACCUAUGGAAUGUGAAGCUUGUGAGAAUAGCCACAACCUUCCAUGAGAUGAUUAAUGCUAAAUGUAAUUUACAGGGCCUUUUCAUUGAUGAAUGACAGUGAACAGAUGUAUUUAAUGUAGAUAUUGAAAUUCCAAGUGUAAAAAUUUCUAACCACAUGACUGGAACAGAGGACCCAUUUGACUCUUGCUCAGUAUGAUGUAGCAGAAUGAAUGUUGGGUAUCUGAAGGUGCAUUUGCUAUUGUUCAGUGAGGCUCCUGAUGCUAAGUAAGGGUGUAGCAAGGACAUUUUGAAUUAUAACCAUGGCAAACACCAAAAGUUUUAUAUUGUACUUAAAUUGGAAUAAUUGGACAACCUUUUGCAAUGCAGCAGUGGUCUCUAAACCCUACCAUGCCAGACCUCAAGACUAUGCAAGUAGUAUUUUAUACAGUGUGACAGAUUACAAUUCAUGGUCUUUGUUUCCAUAUUGUUGAUUUUUCUGACUUUGGAAUAUCAAACUUUUGUUUGCUUACUACUUCUUAGUGACAAUGACAUAUUAGACUGGUAUUUACACUUAUUUAUGUACAGUAUUAUAUAAAUCCAUGGGAGUAUAACUAGUCAGAGAGAGAGAGAGAGAGAGAGAGAGAAUUAAAUAUAAUCUUUUGUAUGGAAAAGAACAAAGGUAAUAAAAGUUUCUUGAAAGCUCCCCAAAACUGGAUGACCAGGAUUCAUCAGAGUACUAAAUCAUUAGUGAAAUGACCAUAUAAAAUCUGUAAUGGCAAUGUAAAGGCAGAUUGUAGUCAGGUUGAAAAUUGAGAAUCUUUACAUUGAGAAUAUAUUUAAAAGUUUUAGAAAGACUCAAAAUCAGAACCAUGUUUAAUAGUUUGAAUGAUUAGAGCAAUCACACUCCUUAGGAACAGACUUAUUGAAGUAAAAUUUCCAACAAGAAUAUGUAGUUAAUCCUAAUUGUGGAGAAUUGGAGUGAACUUUAUUAGGACCAUAAACCUUCCGAUGAUGAAACCCAGAGAGAGUAUAGGAAAUAUCAUUAGGUCAGAUUGUUUUAAUAGGUAUUCAGCAUGUAUUGAUGCAUUGUUUUAACUGGGUAAUGUAAGAUGUUCUUAAGGUAUUUGACAUUAUAUUUUGCUGUCAUUCAUGUGGACAUUUCCUGGAUCUUUGAUUUUUAAGUUAUUUAAAUUCUAUCAAAUUCUUCAGUUCAUGUAUGGCUUUAUUUAAGUCAUUCUUUGUGAUUCUCUCUGGCUUUUUUUAAGUCAUUCUUUGUAAUUCUCUCUCUCUCUCUCUCUCUCUCUCUCUCUCUCUCUCUCUCUCUCUCUCUCUCUCUCUCUCUCUCUCUCUCUCUCUCUCUCUCUCUCUCUCUCUCUCUCUCUCUCUCUCUCUCUCUCUCUCUCUCUCUCUCUCAGUUCUCAUAUUAUUCAUUCCAAGGCUCAAACUAGUUCAUUUCACUAUGCUCCUUUUUAGUUGUCUCUGUAUAUAAUAUUCCUUUAUUGCUAGUAACAUUGUCACAAGCUAUAUUACUUCUCGUACAGUAUACAUUUUCCACUGCAUGUAUAUACAAGUUAGACCCUCAUACUGCAUUUCUCCCCACCUUCAUUUAUGUCUCACUAUUUUGUAACUAACUUUGGCAUUACAUGCAUGGGUCUACAUUUACACAAAGUCCACACACCCCAAUAUCAUAUAAUGUAAUUUUUCUUCUGUCUACCUGUCUGUGUGUCUCUCUGUCUGUAUGUUUGUCUGUAUUGCUGGUGUGUCUGGUAAGUAUUACAUUUGAACAUUAACAUAUUAGGGUUUCAUGUUUUUAUUAUGGCAGCAUGUGUUUGGGAAUUACAACAUCUUGGUAGCAAUAUUAUGUCCACUUUUUAGAUUUAUAAAUGCAUGGUGAAUCAUAUAUAUAUAUAUAUAUAUAUAUAUAUAUAUAUAUAUAUAUAUAUAUAUAUAUAUAUAUAUAUAUAUAAUAUAAUAUAAUAUAAUAUGUAUAAUAUGUAUUAAGCGAGAUUCUGAUAACUAUUCAAACCAUGGAUUCUGAUUUUGUUGUGCUUAGUAACUGAAGUCUGUUGCUUGAUGUACAUCAUCUGUUGAAUGCUUAUGAAAAUAUUAAAGGCUUGUGUUGAGGGAUGUCAUAAACUAAGCAGUCAUGGACUCAGGGCUUAACAGGGUAAUUGGUGCUCAAUGAGGCUUUACUUAAGUUGUAGUACUGUAGGAUCAGCUUUUCCACCUCCCAUGGGCACACACAUUCACAAACACAAAUUAUUUAAUCUUUCACCAUGUUGCAUUGGAGGUUGUAUCACAUCAUGUCUGUGAGCUCAUGAGAGAGAUGCACACACACACACACACAUGGUCACAGUAAAGGAAUAAGACAAUGUUAACUAUCUAACAAGGGAUGCUUAUGAAAGUAAGGGAUCAUGAGUACAAAUUAGAAAAGACUCAAUGCCUAAACAAUAGAAAAAAAUUGCUUCUCAAAUAGUUGUCUAGACACUUGGAAUGUUUUGCUUGUAGAAGUGAUGUGUGCAAUGAACAUCUAUGACUUUAUGACUUGAGUUGGGUAAAAGUAGAUAUGAAGGCUAGACAGUACAAGUUUGGCUCAAAUUUUGUAUAAUAGAAAUAGGUAAAUACAUACACAUAAACACAUACACAUGCACACAUACACAGACACACACAUACAGUAGUAGUCCAUGCAACAAAUAUUCAGCCAUUUAUAACUAAGCUGGACAAGAGUAAAUAUGGAGAUGGAUGAUUUAUGCAUAGCUCUUUUUCUUGCAUAUUGUGACAGUAAGUAAUUACAAAUGUAAACAAACACACACACACACACACACACACACACACACACACACACACACACACACACACACACACACACACACACACACACACAGGGUAGGUUCAGGCUCCACCCUGCUGCCAUUAAUUUUUAGGAGUUCCCUGAUAAUGUGAAUGUUUAGAUUCCUUGCCAUGGUUAUUCCCCUUUCCUUAUCAUUGUGUUAUGUGAUUUGUGCUCAUAGCUGUUUAUGCAAAGGGCAUUAAACCAAAGACAAGUUUGUUAUACAAGUUUCUGUCUUGAUGACGAACACACCUAAAAGAAAAAGAAUCCAUUUACCAUAUUUUUUAUUAAUGAAUGAGCCUCGUAUGUUUUACAUUUCAGAGAAAAUUUUGUGAAAUGAUGUAACCUGGUCAUUAUAUAAUAUAACAUAAUAUUGUCUCCAUUUUUUAAUGUAUAUUAAAGAAAAACAAUAUAUUUACUUGUAUGAAUGUUUUAAGACAUCAAUAUUUAGUCAUUAUACAUAUAAAGAUAUUUCUUGAUAUUUACUUACAUAGCAUUAUUACAAAAUAAGUAAUAGGUUAUGUUUCAUUAUAAUUCAGUUGAUAUGUUUUAUAAUUGCAAAAAGUUCCUUUUUCUCUGUCAUACUUUUGAUAUAUAUUUGAAACCAGAUUCUCUUUCAGUUAUACAGUAAACUCCUUAAAUCUUAUCUAUAGUUCAGAAUAAUAAUUUUCGUUACUGUCACUAGUGUAAAAGCAGUGCUGCACCACAAUUAACAUUCAGGUAUUUCUGACUUGGAAUAUGUGUUUGUUUGACUAUCAUGGUAAUCUCUUACUCUUAAUGGUCCAAUCACCAAUUCUGUAAGAUGUAAGCAGAGGCUCUCUCAGUUUAGAGGCAGCUCAUUUAACUUUUUUUUAAAUCAAAAGUGUAUAUACGGCAGCCAUCUUCUCUGAUGUCUUUUCCUACUAAAGCCUCUGUGAGAUUCAUGCUACCACUGAUGGUAGCAGUUUCCAUAAUGAUGUCCUACAUGGCAAUUUGGUGAAACACUGUGCAUUUCCAGUUAUAUUGUUAUUUCCAUAUUGUAUUACUUUUACUUGUUUACCCUCUGAGUGGGAAUUGGAUAUUAUCAGCAAGAGAUUGGUGUGUGGGUUUGAUUACAAUCUCAUUGACUAUUGAUCAUUGGCUGUAUUCACCAACUUUGUUGUUGACAGUAAUAUCAAUAAACUGUCCUGUGGACA